AUGGUGGAGCGUACUGAUCAUGGAGUACAGAGUGUAGAAGAUGAAUUGCUCGUGAAGCGUUUAGUCGAUGAAAAAAUUCCGUUAACAAUUUAUCCAUUAUCGAAUAUUAAACUUAAAGUCUUUGAUGAUACGAAAAAAAAUUCAUUAAAACAAUUACUCGAUUCAAGUGUAAUGGUAACAAUUAAUUCCGAUGAUCCGGCUUACUUUGGCGGUUAUCUGAAUGCAAAUUACCUUGCCGUUACGGAUGCGUUUCAUCUGGAUCAGAAGGAUAUUUACAAAAUUAUGUGUAACGGUUUUGAAGCAUCAUUUAUCGAAGAAGAAAAACGACAAUUAUUUAUUAAACAACUUGAUGCUUAUUGGAAAGAGUCUUCUUGA